ACUCACUCACCAUGAUCUGCAAACUCUUCGUCUUCGCCGCUGUCCUGGCCUUCGCCGCCGCCUCAGCCAAGCCCGGCUUCCUCGCCGCCGCUCCGAUCGCUGCCACCUACGCCGCCCCGGCUUUGGCCUACAGCGCCCCAGCUCUGGCCUACAGCGCCCCAGCUCUGGCUUACAACGCCCCAGCCAUCGGCUACAGUGCCGCCCCAGCCUUCGGUUACGGAAUCGGUCUCCGCAGCUUCGGCUAUGGAUACCCAUCGUACGGCUACGCUCGCAGCUUCCACUACUAGAUGACGCACAUGGUACUUUGAAGAUGAUAUAAAAAACACCUGUACAUAUUCGUCCAGCUCAAAAUUCGCAAUAAGAAGAGGAUUUACAAUAAAAGAAUCCGGAUUCAGUCUUUAUUCUUACCGUUUUCUCCGAUGGCUUGUCGAGUUGCUGUUCCGUACCUGAUAUACUCUGUCUGGAAGAACGAAUAGGCAGAGGAUCUCCAUAAUGUUAGUCAUAGCCUGCCAGUGUUAUCAUCGGCAAGUCCACGCAACAAUUUGACAAUGAAAUUCGAGAGAACGUCGAUUUUAUCAAUAUGACAUGCAGAGUUUUUUUCUGUGAAUAAAUACUAAUACAUCUCACCACAA